AUUUGAUAGUUAUUAAGACUCCAUUAAAAGUUGUUAUAACUUAAACGUUAAUUCCUAAAAUUAUAGCCGAAAGUUAAACGUAGUAACUUUAGAGCAUUAUAGGGUGUAUUAAGUCCUAGACAAUAAUUUUUCGUUUUUAAUACAGAAGAUCCAUUUCCACUGGUCUAAUUUUUUAAAAGAAUGUCACAUCAUGUACUGAAGCCUUGUUAUCUUUUACUUUUUCAAAUGUAGAUACUAUUAGUCUCCUAAGGUAGGCAGGAAUUCUCUCAAUGUUAGUAAUGGAAAAACGAGAGGAAUAUGUUGUCAGUUUCCAAAUUAUCUAAGUCUCUUUUGAAAGAAAGGGUGAAUGUGUUUAACGUAAGUGGAAAUGAUAUUGAGAGAAAUGAAUAGAAAUAACCCAUUUUGAGGAAGCCAUGGCAAAGUCAAUUACAAAACACAGAGUUUGUUCUCGGCAAUCUUCAGUAUCUUCUCUGUUAGCAAGCUGCAGCCUGAGUGGUAGUAAUUCCUCUAAAUCUGAUGGCUCUUUUCAGUAUAAGGAUAAAGUGUAUAGUUCUGCCUCUCAGGCUCUACAGGCCUAUAUUGAUGAUUUUGAUUUAAGCCAAAUGUAUCCUGGUGCAAGCACUGGAAAGAUUAACAUUGAUAGAUGUUCUGCUAAUAUGCCCGAAUUCUCCAACUAUAUUUAUAAACCAAACAAUGCUUUUGAAAAUCUUGAUCCCAAAAAAAGCUUCUCCUCCUUACCGUGUAGAAGAAUGACUGUUAAUGACAUAGACUGCAUUAGCCUAACAACUGAUGAUCUAUUAAAACUUCCAGCAGAUGGGUCAUUUUCUUUAACUUGCAUUGGAUCAAGUCACCGAAAUAGCAAGAAAAACAAGAAAUGCAUUCGAAGACUGAGCUCAUUGGAUACUGAAAAGAAUCAAAAUUUUCAAGAACCUUCCACUCCCAUGUGCAAAGAUAACUUAGUUACUCCUGUUGUACACAUAAAUAAAAAUGGAAAGCAACGUGGUAGGCUAAAAAACCCAAACCUUGUGAAUAAGACUAAUAAGUACGUUUCUGAUCCAUCUUUAUCAUUUUCCAAGAAGUUGUCUUUCAAAGACAGUUCAGAACACAAACUUGAAAAGAAUUACCCAAGAUGGCUCACUAGCCAGAAAUCUGACCUUAAUGUUUCAGGAAUAACUAGUCUACCUGAUUUCACAUACCCAGUCUGGCUCCACCAUCAAGACUUGCUACCUGAUACAAAUAGUCAAAAAAGGAUUUCUGAAAUAUUUAAAGAAGAUCAGUGUUCCCCUAGACAUAGUUACCAGGCACAAAGAACUUCUCGACUUAUGAAUAAAUUAGAUAGUUUUGAAUAUUCUUUUGAACCCUCAAACAUUUCAGACUCCUUGAGUGCUGAUAAAGGAUUAGUUAAUGGAUAUAAAUGUGAUUCUGAACAUAGCCAGUGUCAGUGUGAGAAUCCACUUCUCCCAGGACAAACCAAAAAGCCAUUCAGUGGUGACAAAAUUGAAUUGCUUAUCCUGAAGGCCAAGAGAAAUCUAGAGCAUUGUACUAAAGAGUUACCGAAGUCUACAAAAAAGGAUGAUAGUCCUUGUUCAUUAGAUAAACUUGAAGCAGAAAGAUCAUGGGAAAAUAUUCCUGUUACUUUCAAAUCUCCUGUUCCUGUUAACUCUGAUGAUAGUCCUCAACAAACUUCAAGGGCAAAGUGUGCUAAAGGGUUCCUUGAUGAUUUUUUAAAUAAUGAUAAUCAGAGCUGUACCCUUUCUGGAGGGAAACAUCAUGGUCCUGUUGAAGCCCUGAAACAAAUGUUAUUUAAUCUUCAAGCAGUACAAGAAAGUUUUAAUCAGAAUAAAACAGCAGAACUGGAAGAGGAGAUUAAGCAAGUUUCGGAAGAUAAUUUCUCUAAAUUACAGUUGAAAGAAAGUAUGCUUCCUAUUACUAGGUCACUUCAAAAGGCUUUGCACCAUUUAUCUCGCCUGAGAGACCUGGUUGAUGAUACCAGUGGGAAACAGUCACCGAAAAUGUGAAGAGGAAAAUAAAAAGGUUCAACAAAUAGUCAUCACAGAACAAAGAUGUAUUUUUUUUUCCUGUUGCUUAAACUGACAAAGAAAAUUAUAAGCCAUGCAUUAUUCUGUGAUUGGUUCAAGUAUUAUAUAUUCUUUAAAAAACAAACUUGAAAAUAUGCGUAGGUUUUGUGACAUAUCCUCAUUUUAUGCCAAAAUACCAGAAUGUGAACUGAGAGGAACCACACUGUGUCCUACAGUCUGACUUUGGUCUUCAGGCCAGCAAAUGUCCAAUAUUCAAAGAUGGAUGAUGUCUGUUAUUGAAGCUUAUGUGGACUUAAUCUUCUUGAGCAUCCUCAUCAUUUUAUCUUCUGGUUCUGGGUUAUUAGGAAACUCUUCCUGGUUUCUAUCCAAAAUCUCUUAAGUAGACUUUUUGAUACAAGUAGCAUCUACUUUUAAGUUGGCUAAAGGAAUAUCAAAAUUGUUAUGGUGUAACUUCUCAUAUAUGUUACCUUUAAUUUUUAUAAAUAUUUUAAGGUAUGUGGUAUAUGCAAAGAACAGUUUAAUAAUGGGAUGAUACAGUGCUAAAAGGAAUGUUUCAUGUUGUGAAAUCCAAAAGAAAAACUCAUUUAACUAAUGC